UUGGCUGCGAACUCUCCGUUCCUGCUAGCUAGCUAACAAAAUGCUAGCCUUUAAAGGCAUUUAAACCGAAAGUCAGACGCGCUUCUUGUUUACAUCCGUCAAUUUCCCGAUUGACUAUUUUUUUCGUUGUAUCUCCAUGCACAUUUGGAUUUCGUUUUCUAAAAAGAAUUUCGUGAUCUGUAGCAACCGCCGAAUUUUAAACUGCAGGCCGUAUUCCGUGCAAAAACAUCGGCUCUGUUUCUCUCGGAGGUAGAGCUCUAGUCCCAUCUUUCUUAGCCAGAAUUGGCAGCCAUCUUGAAUUUUAAUGUUAAUUUUCUGGUAAUUUUUGGGUCCCAUUGCCUUUUCAUUAAGGAUGUUUUGAGUUCUACUGGUAUUUGACGCGUGUUUUUUAUUACACGGGAAAAACAGAUGAAAGACUCGUGAGGGAGGUCACCCACACAUAGGGUAGAAAAGGGAUCAACCACCAUAUUCACGGCAGCCUUCUUCUUGAACGCAGACCACAUGGUGGGUGAAGAACACAUAGGCUAAAUGCACCUUCAUCAGGCGGCCGGCUGGAAUGAAGUAGAUGGGAGAAUCCAAAAACAUGGUGCUGAAUGGCAGGAGACAUGGCAGCAGGUACUCCAGCCAUCAGCCCGCCAGCAAAGCCAGGAUGCAAGGCCACCUGCGGCAGGCCAGGGGGACCCCCGCCACCAAGAGAUCCAGUAGACGAUUUGGGAAUGCCUCGUUGGAUGCGGAGCGCCGGCAUGUUCCGGCCUCGGGAAUGACGGCCAAGGAGCUGUGUGAAUAUGACGACGUCAGCACCAGCCUGAUCCUGGACCCUUACCUAGGCUUUCAGACGCACAAGAUGAACACCAGGUUUCGGCCCAUGAAGGCGUCCAGGCAGGCAGAACUGAAGGACAUCAUCGAGAGUUUCAAGAAGCACGAUGACAUCGAGAAGGCUUUCCAGGCCUUGGUUUCAGGAGACGGGACGAAACCUCACUUUCCAAACAAAAACAAGACACAAGAAAAGCUCUUCAAAGAACAUGUACAUGUCUAUCUGCGCAUGUUUGCCACAGACAGUGGCUUUGAGAUCCUUGCCUGCAGCCGCUACUCCUCGGAGCAAAACGGAGCCAAAAUCGUAGCAACGAAGGAAUGGAAGCGUAAUGAUAAGAUUGAGUACCUGGUGGGCUGCAUAGCGGAGCUGUCAGCAGCGGAGGAGAGGAUGCUGCUGAGGCACGGGGAGAACGACUUCAGCGUCAUGUACUCCACACGCAAGAACUGCGCUCAGCUGUGGCUAGGACCUGCAGCCUUCAUCAACCAUGAUUGUAGGCCAAACUGCAAGUUUGUGUCAACAGGACGUGCCACUGCUUGUGUGAAGGUUCUAAGGGACAUCGAACCUGGGGAAGAGAUCUCCUGUUACUAUGGAGAUGGAUUCUUCGGGGAAAACAAUGAGUUCUGCGAAUGCUACACUUGUGAACGGCGUGGCACGGGGGCGUUCAAGACGAAGCCUGGGCUGCCGGUGGAGGCGCCGGUCAUCAACAGCAAGUACGGCCUGCGGGAGACGGACAAACGGCUGUACCGCCUCAAGAAGCUGGAGGAGGAGGGAACCCGCAACUCAGACGGCCAGUCAGCACACUCCAGCGUCGACACAGACUCUCAGGAAGCCCCCAGCUCGCACCCAGCUCUUAGGAAGAGGACAUCCCAGCCUAGUGUUAAGAAGUCGACACGGCAAACCACGUAUAGCACUCCGACAUCUACCUCAUCCUCCAAACUCUGUUCCGCGGACAGCUCCAGUUUACCAAAGAGACUAGCAUCUAAGCCCGCCAACGCCAAGACGCCUUUGCUCAACCUGAGGACACACUCCCGAGAGGCACUGCCCAGGUCUGCGUCUCGAGGGGCCACGACGUCCGGCACCACGUGCCACCGGGAUGUCCCCAAGAGGGACGCCAGCACGCGCCAGGCCUCCACGCAGGCCCAGGCCCAGGCCCAGGCUCAGGCUGGCAGAGGUGGCUUGGGCCGCAGCAGCAGGGCAGCAAAGGAAAACAAUCACAGCUUGACCAGAGCCACACGAGCCUCCAAGGACCACUUAGCCUCCUCUUACAGGACUCGAAGGUCCACCAGGACCUCUGUAGGCUCUGAGGGCAGCGUUGACGCCGCUGCCGCUGCUGGUGCUCCUAGCGGGGGAAGUUUAUACGGACACAGUGCGUCCUCCGCUAGCCAGGGGGUGCCCAAGGGUAAGGUGGUGCCUAAGGCAGAGCCGGGGGUGGAGGAGGGGGGUGGGGAGGCGGACGCGGCGGCGGCGGCGGGACCCCCCCAGGCCCCUGUCCCCAGCCUGGAGGGCCACGGCCCCCGCAAGGGCACCUGCCCACGCCGCAAGCGCACCCCCAAGCUGGAGGAAACUGGUGCCCCGUACGGGGACACCUUCCUCCAGGGCGGAGUAUCGGACUUAAGGCACGCAGACGUGGCUGACUGCGGGAAAGUUCUGCUAGGCCUACCGGGUCGGCACCAGGGCCAGAAUCAGAAUCAGAAUGCUAGCUCCAAUCAGCAGCAGCAGAAUGGCAGUAAUAGUGGCGGUGGCAGUGGCAGCAGCAGCAGCAGCAGCAAGAGCAGUAAAAGCAGCAAGCUGCUGCGGCGAGGCAAGGCCAAGAAGAAGCGGCGCAUCACACGCUACGACGCCCAGCUGAUCCUGGAGAACAGCACGGGCAUCCCCAAACUCACGCUGCGGAGGCGCCGAGACAGCACCAGCAGCAACCGUGGCGAGAAGGGGGAAGGGGACGCCCACAGCACGGGAGGAGGAGGAGGGAGGGAGAAGAAAGAGAAAGGGGAGCGAGGCUGCUCCUCAUCCUCUAAAAUCAGCAUUAAGUUCAGCCAGGACAGCGAGAAGGAGUGUGAUGGUGGUGGUGGUGGUGGUGGAGGGGGUGCUAGUGAUAUGGGAGGGGCAUCGGGUGGCUACGCCUCCUCUAAACUCAACAAUGGCUACAGCCACAGUGGGCACGGACACGGGCAUGGGCACGGCAGCGCCACCAAGCUGAAAAUUCAGCUGAAGCGCGACAAGGUGGGCAGGGGCCUCCUGCCACGGCCCUACUCGGAUGACGUGACCUUCACGGGCAUCGUGAAGCGUGAGGCUGGCGAGGUAGUGGAGCACCAGCCAGGUGGGCACGGCACAGCGGACAUCGACGAGGACUCCCUCUCGUCAGAUGAGGACGACGACGAUGAAGAUGAGGAGGAAGAGGAGGAUGAAGAUGAGGAGGAGGAAGAAGAAGAAGAGGAGGAGGAGGAGGAGGAAGAUGACGAGGAGGAUGAAGAUGAUGAGGAGGACUAUUAUGACAAUGACGACUUCGAGGAUGACUUCAUUCCUCUGCCACCAGCGAAGCGCCUGCGUCUCAUCGUGGGUAAGGACUCAAUAGACAUCGAUAUCUCCUCGAGGCGCCGGGAGGACCAGUCGCUCAGACUCAACGCAUAAGCUCAUCAGGCACGCAGGCAGGUCAGGAGACUGCUCUGCUCGCCGCGCCCUGCCGCACAGACUACACGGACUCCUGCUUCAAUCAAGUUAUUUGUUUAUUUGAAUCAUGGAAAAGUGGGCUUGUAAAAAAAACAAAACAAAAAAAAACAAAAAGAAAUUGGGGGAAAAAAAGGAAAAAUUGAAACUGUAAUUGUAAUUGACACAAAUGAAUCGUAGUGAUGGCACUUCUCUAUUGGUUCUUUACCAUGACUUAUAAAUAUUGUAGAAAGUGUACAGGUAUGUAUUCAUGUCUGAUAAUGUGCAGAUCAUUUUGUUAGCGUUCAUUAAGCUUUACCAUGUGCAAUUUUUAUCAAAGGGCCGCAGUUCUUUUACCACGGGGUUCAAAAACAAGGUUGAGGGAUCAGUCCUCCUACAUCGACAGACUUUUUUAAACACAUGCAUGCAUUCACCCCAAAACUAAAUACUGAUUCAAAAGGUUUUGUGGAGGUCUACAUGUACAUAUACUGGUAUACCAUUGACAAGGCAAGGGAAGCUAUAGGGAAAACAGAUAUGCAGAGUAUAUGAAACAUCCUGAAGGACACCAGUCUUUGUUAGCAUGGUUUGGAUGAUCUGCGAUAGGGUACUCUGCAUUAGAGUGCGUGGAAGAAAAGAGGCCUGGGGUGCGUUUAUCGACAACGUCGUUGCUAACUUGGUUGACAACGUAGUUGGUGGCAAUGCAAGUUCCCAUUUGGAACCAAGUAAGUUGCCAACUGGUUAGCAAUGAUGCUUUCGAGAAACAGGGUCCUGGUUUAACAUGGCUCUGAUGAUCACAUGCGCGUAUUAUAGGACACUCAUGCAUAGGAGUGUUAGGGCCUCCGCACAUUGGCUCCGACAGCACUGCGGAUCACUUUCGCUUCCGACACAAUUCUGACCCCCAAACCCAAUUUCACACGGACAUAGCAUGGAUAGUCAAUGGGCAGCUCCGACAAAAUAGAACUCGCCUCUAGUCGCUUGCCAACAUCCGUGAAUGUCACCGGACAUCGGCGCCGGUGUGUGGGGUUGUAUUGAAAACAAUGGAAUCGAACUUUGGCGGAGCAGGGCUCUGCACUUAAGCGGAGCCGAUGUUCAGAGGCCCUUAGUCUUUGAUGGUGAUCUCUGAUCAGAUGUUUCUUGAAGCUGGUUAUGGCAAACAGCCCAUAGUGUUUAAGGUGCUAACUCUCCUGUUGUCGUAUGGAGCUGUCUGUGCUGUGCUCAAACACAACAACCUUUAUGGCCCAAGUCCUCACACUUAGUGGUUUUGCAGGCGCAAAUGACCUCUGCAACACGUUCUCAUCUUUUCUUCUUUUUCUUUUCUAUUUGCUUUUCCCUUUGUUACAGCUUUUCUGAAUAUUUCAGUGUAAAUCAGUGUGUUUGUAUAUCACACCUUCCCGGCCUGGGGUGCGUUUCUCUACAACAUCGUUGCUAACAAAGUUAGCAACUUACUUGGCUGCAAUGCAAUUUCCCAUUGGGAACCUAGUAAGCUGCUGGUUAGCAACAAUACUUCUGAGAAAUGGGGCCCAGAUCUCAUACAUACACACAUACAUAUGCAAGUCCAUGUUCGCAACCAGCAAACCAGCAUCUAGGAUUACCAUGACGCUAAAUUGGACUCCAUUCAAAUAAUAGCAGAUUUGAAAAGGAAAUAAAUAAAUAAAUAAAUAAAAGAAAGAAAGAUCCUUAAAAACUUGAUAUAUCCUGUUCAGGAGUCAACCACCAGUUCUGUAUCUGGAUGCUAUUGUCUUGACUGUAUUGUGCAUGCCGUGCACUGCCAAGUAAUUAAGGGAUUAUUGAAAUUAAACACAUCUGCCCCACCCCACCCCCCUUCCCCCCCAAUCACCAGCAGGAUACUGCAGCUUUCGCUGGUUGCUCUCCCCCCCGGGGAUGUGUUGGUUUUACACUGUAUGCUGUCCGCAGUCUACUGUCUGUGCGUUUAGUUUAGCAGUUGGCAUUUUUAUUUUUGAUCAUGUCUUGUAAGUAUUUGAUUAUUUUGUAGCACAUCUUUGCAGGACUACGGGAUCAUGUAUUCAUACAAUUGUGGGUAUAUUCUUCACUAUGUACAUCUUGAGAACUCUUUUUAUUUAACUGUUUGAAUACUUGAAGACAUAAAAUUCAUUUUCAAGAAUGUCA